GAACGUGCAGGUGAACAUCUUCAACUGUACCACAUGGAAAAUUGUCUGUGUUAUAAAACGACCGAAUAAUUCUCUUUCUUACAUUCUGAAAUCAAUCUCUCCAUUUUUUAUGAUAUAUCCAAUUAUAAAUGUGCUCAUUUUUUAAUAUUUUAAAGCUACGAGCGACCCAAUGGCCAACUUUUCAUAAGACUGUAAAAUUGUUUAUUUGAAAACUUAUAUCUAAGAAACUACAAAAAAUUGACGGAAUUUUAUUAAAAUUUACCCAAAAUGACUGUCUUGACUGGUUUUUCGUCCUCCGCUGAGAAAAAAGAGGGCAAAAGUGGCAUGAAAACAAUUCAAGAAGACAGCGAGUCUUCCACGGGUUCCGAGCGGGAUUCGAACCCUGUUGCGGAGACUUUCGAGACUGAUUUGGGCGAAAUGGUGCUGGGGAUUACACUGAAGGACACGCAUGUUUUAGUAGAGCAGGAUGUGGAUAGAGGGGAGGGUUAUGAUGAGGGGGAAAUGCCUCUCCCCAAAAUGCAGUCUAAAUCAAACAAGGGCGCUGGAUCAAAGAAGGUGACUUUCAAUAUUCCGGAGAACGAAAACAAAAUAUGGCGACGCAUGAUGCUGAGGCUUAUCAUGGCACUCCUUUGUGGAAUGUUGAUUGUCUGUCUCAGCAAAUACACAUUCGAGAAGUACCGAAUGUAUAAGUGGCAGCAGCAGCUUAACAAUGAUCAUGUGGUACAGCCAAUGCACCAGCUGAGAAACCUCCCGGAUGACGAUUCCAGACAGACGGCAGAUGAUCAAAGUGAAGACGCGAUUGAAGUCGUUCCGAUGAGCGAGGUUAAUUUGGGUCAACAUGAAGAUGAAGACCUUUUGGACGACAGAAAUGAUGAUGGAAGUGGUCAAGGUCACGGUGGAGGUCGAGGUCAUGGAGCAGUGCGACUGAAGGUGGCUAACUGGACUGAUGUGUGGUUGCGUGUGGGCGUGAACAAGUGGCGCCUGGACAGUGGGGAUAGACAUAGGAACUAUUCACUGUUCACUGAUACUGACAAAAAUUACACAGCUCUGAAAUUGCUGCAUGUUCCUGAUGACCGACAACAUCCCCACGCCCCCACCCCUCUCAACUCAGAGUUCAAGUUCCCUGUCUGCUACGUCGGAAAAACUCACCUUCUCAAUCUUCCCCCACUCAGCAACAUAACCAAACUUCUCAACCAAAUCAACCACGAGGCGGCCAUGAUUGUCACUAAGAUGGCAGAGUCGCUCUUCUUCGACAUCGGCCAGCCGAUCAGCCUAAACAUUUCCUUAUAUGGAAGUCACAUCCACAAGUUCUGCUCGGGUUCUACUGCAUACCAACUGAAGCCGCUCAACAUGAUCGAUGAGAUCCGCAGGGAACUCGAUGGCUUGGAUCCGAAAAAUCAAGAAGACACCGAGCAAGCCGUGACGCUGGUUCGCGAGAAAGUUUCAAAUGUUUUGAGACUUCUGGACGAUAAGUUGAAGAAGACAACAACUGCAACUGCUGAGCCGAAGGAGCAAUUAGCCUCCGACACCGAUAACUCGGAGCAGACUGGAGAAGCCGAGGACAUUUCGAGGACCGAGUCGGGAAAGCCUCUUGCCGACAGCGAAGGAUCCGAAGCUCCAUGGACUUUGCAAGCGCGGGAUAUGCAAGCGCCCCAUGAGAUGGUUGAAAGUGCGGAGGAGCUGCAGAGAAUCAACAACGAACUCAUGCAACAUCUGCAUUCUGGGGACCUGUUAGGAUCCCUUACCCUGAUGAGACAGUUUCAACAAGUGGUCGCCUACCUCCCAAGGGGUGACUACAGCCUCCGAUCGCCCCAAGGAGUGGCUAUGAGCUUCCACAUUCGACGACAGGCCAUGCCACUCGGAACCUCCGGACACCUACGCAGUGUACACGUCAGUGGAAGUGCAGUGUCUUUCCAUCAUGGAGUCUCAGGAGGCUCAGCAGGAGUGGGAUUGUUUGGGGGUCCCAAUGUCCCGCAGCCACGGCCUCCUCUACCAUCACGCGACGAAGAAAAAAAUGCAGAACAUUAAAUUAAUUGUUAAGAAUUAACUCGGAAAAAAGCAAGAAAAACUUUAAGCAAGGAAAAUAGUAACAAAGCUGAAGGUUUUUCUUAAAAUGAACUUUGAAACAAAACAAAAAACUGCAAAAGCAAGAGUAAUUACCUGGUCUCAACUAAAGAACUUAAAUGCGUGCGAACAGCCAUUAAUAAAUAGAUUUAAAUCAUUGAGUCAGUCUUUCAAUUUAAAUUUAAUUUUUGUCCAGA